GCUUCAGCCUCUGACGGAGCUGCUGUGCGGACUUGCUGGCGAGACGGCGGUUACGCGGUUGGACGCGGGUUCAAGUUCUGCGCGUCUCUGUCUGCAGCGACGCCGCUCUCCCGCGGCCGCGCUCGCCACCUCCGCCGGUGGAGGCUAAAGGGUUAGUGUUCACUGACGUCAGGAGUCCGCAGGAGGAAGUUGUCUUCGCCGCCACUUAGUACACAGCGCAUGCAGGCGUGUCGUCGCCCGCCGGCGGAGCGGCACCCACCGGAGGAGGAGGAGAAGUAGGAGCGCUAACCGGCGCUCGGCUGCGUUUCGCGCCCGUCCCGCGCGCCCCAGCCUUUCGCCGCGGUGGAGCGCGCGAGACAGACAGAGAGAGAGAGAGAGACUGAGAGGGAGAGCGCGACACACACAGCGCGAGCCGAGUUGUUCCCCUCAUCCAGCCACCCACCCAGCUAGAGGUGACUCGUGCUGCUAUUCGGACGAGCACGUCCACAGUGACAGCGACACUCAGCAACAGCGUGUCUGCGUGUUAAAAUAAAAAUGCAACAAGUCCGCGGCCGCCGGUGAUUUAGCGAAGGUGCAUUAGCCCCGCCCAGGCUCAACUGUGAUUGGCUGAGGGAAUAAUAUGAAGAGUGGGAGGGCCAGCAGGCCUCCGGAGCCAAACGAACCCCUGUGCUGCUGUGAGUACGUGAAUCGGCAUGGGGAGCGCAGUCACCUGGCAGCCUGCUGCUGCGACUGCGAGGAUCUGGACCAGGCCUGUGAUAGGUGGCUGAAGCGGGAGCCCCAGAAGGCGGAUUCCCUGGCCCGCGUGGCUGCUGUGGUGAAGGACCGGCUGCGCGUGCCCUGGUUCUUGGGGGCGAAGCAGGUGGACCUCUCUGUGGUGCCGCCCCUCAUACUGCUCCCUGUGCUCCUGCAGGUGGCAUCACUGCACUUCCUGUUGGGUGUGGCGGUGCUGACGGCACUGCCUGGCCUGGUGCUCUGGUACUACUAUGUGACGCACCGUCGCAAAGGCCGCACUCUCUUCUUCCUCAGCCUGGCGCUCUUCUCCCUCGCCUACAUGUAUUACGUCUUCCUCACAGAGGUCCUGCCUCGGGGUGAUGUAGGCAUGGUGCAGCUCGCUGUUGUGACAACGGGGGUAAUGCUCACCCUGCUAUCCCUCGCCAACACCAAGAGGGGACCAGGGUACGUGCGAUCCCACCCGGCUGAUGCCCACAGCACCGUGACGUACCACGGGAAGCUGCCCGAGCGAGACUUUGUGCACUCCAACGGCACCUGUCAGCAGGUGCUGAUUGCCAGCCGGCCAAGUCCUCCGGGCCAAGGCGGGGGCCAGGGGAACAGUGUAAGGAAGAACUGGUGCCCCGUCUGUGGGAUUGUGCGCCCCCCCCGCUCAGGCCACUGCCGAAUCUGCAGCGCAUGUAUCUAUAGGCUGGACCAUCAUUGUGUCUGGAUAAACAGCUGUGUGGGACAAGCCAACCACCGAAGUUUCCUGCUUACGCUCUUCCUCUUCCUGUCGACCUCACUGUACGGGAUCAGCCUGGUGUUGCGUAGUGUGUGUCCGCGACAGAAUGUGCUUUUCGCUUUAUUUUACUGCCCUGGAGUCUACAGUCAGUACAGCACAGCGCUGUGCUUCACCUGUGCCUGGUACAGCAGCCUAGUGACAGUGGGUCUGCUCCACUUGCUGGUGCUGCAGCUCAUCAACAUCAGCUACAACGUGACGGAACGCGAGGCAAGACUCGCCCUGCGGGAGAAGCUGGGCACAAGCCGUCUGCGGGGCCUUGUUGUGGACACAGGGGUGUACUCCCGGGGCUUCUGCAGCAACUGGGCCGAGUUUCUCACCAUGGACGUGACUCCUGAGCCUGUUUCCUUCAGCCUCCCUGACCUAGUGUAGCAUGUCCAGUUCC